GCAAUUUCCGGCCGUCGAAGCUCAAGUCUCCGCCCCGCAAUCCUUCCUGCGUUGUUUGGGGACAGUAGCAAGAUGGCGGCGGCCCCGCUCUACUGUGUCUGCCGGCAGCCCUACGACGUGAGCCGGUUUAUGAUCGAGUGCGACACCUGCAAGGACUGGUUCCAUGGCAGCUGCGUACAUGUGGAAGAGCACCAAGCCGUGGAUAUUGAUGUUUACCACUGCCCCAACUGUGACGUCCUACAUGGACCCUCCCUAAUGAAAAAGCGAAAAAAUUGGCACCGCCAUGAUUACACGGAACCCGAUGGAGCCAAACCGGUGCAAGCAGGCACCCCCGUGUUUGUCAAGGAGCUGCAGAGCAGGACCUUUGCAAGCGGCGAAGAAAUCAUGACGCGCAUGCGCGGAGAGCAGGUGACUCCCAAAUUCCUGGAGCGCUCCGGCUUCCGCCAACCCAUCGUGGUCACCGAAAUGGAGGGCCUGGGCCUCAAGCUGCCACCGCCCACGUUCGGCGUGCGGAACGUGGAGCAGUACGUGGGUGGCGACAAAGUGAUCGACGUGAUCGACGUGGCGCGCCAAGCCGAUACCAAGAUGAAGCUCAGCCAGUUCAUCAAGUAUUUCACUAGCCCGCACCGGCCCAAAGUUCUCAAUCUCAUCAGUCUGGAGUUCUCCGACACCAAGAUGUCCAAACUGGUGGAAGUACCCGACGUGGCUCGGAAAAUGUCUUGGGUGGAAAACUACUGGCCCGACGACUCCUUCUUCCCCAAGCCAUUUGUGCAGAAGUACUGCCUGAUGGGCGUCAAAGACAGCUACACCGACUUCCAUAUCGACUUUGGGGGAACGUCCGUGUGGUACCACGUCCUCUGGGGCGAGAAGGUGUUCUACCUGAUCAGGCCCACGCCCGCCAACUUGGCGCUUUACGAAGCCUGGAGCUCCUCGCCCAAUCAGAGCGAGGUGUUCUUCGGGGACAAAGUGGAUAAAUGCUACAAGUGCGUGGUACCGCAGGGAACUACAUUGCUAAUCCCGACAGGUUGGAUCCACGCUGUCCUCACCUCUCAGGAUUGCAUGGCGUUCGGCGGCAACUUCCUACACAACCUCAACAUUGGCAUGCAGCUCAGGUGUUAUGAAAUGGAGCGUCGUCUGAAAACGCCCGACCUCUUCAAGUUUCCUUACUUUGAGGCCAUCUGCUGGUACGUGGCCAAGAAUCUUCUGGAAACGCUCAAGGAGCUUCGAGAAGACACGCGACCGCCUCCGACGUAUCUAACGGAAGGUGUCAAGGCUUUAAUUUGCGCACUGAAGACCUGGCUGAAGAGAGAGGUGACGCAACCCAACAGCGAGGUCCCGGAUAACAUCAGGCCAAACCAUCUCAUUAAGGAGCUCACCAAGGAAAUACGACACCUAGAGGAGGAUGGGAGCAAUGGAAUCAAGCCCCUCAAAUCUCAGGGAAGCGUUUGCGGAGGCUCCAGCGGGUGCACGUCCACCCGUGCCACGCUAGAGCGUCUGUGCCAGGCGCGGCAGGCCCGCCGCGCCGCCCGUCGCUUAAGAGAGCAGCAGCGACACAUUCCCAGGACGCCAUCUAACCUGGACAUCCUGGAGAGACACACCAGGGAGGUGCUAAAGAGGCUGGAAGUGGGACCCCUAGAGGAGGAUCCGGCGUUCUGCACCAAAGUUCGCGGGAAGCUCAACAAGGCGUCCACGGCUUCAGCGGCCGCCGCCGCGGAGUCCCUUGAAGAAAACCACCUGAGGCUCAUGCUGGUCAAUGGCAGGAUUAUACGGGACAUGAGACGGCCCGCGGCAAGCCCAAGAGCUCACAAGAGCAAGCCAGACAGAAUCAAUCGAGGCCCGCACGCCGAUGCCCAAAAAGUCGUCGCAGGAGUAGAGAGAGUGAAGAGCGAACUCGGGGAAGAAGCGUCCGGAAACUCGUGCGCGUCAGACGAGGAUUCGGACGUCGACGCGCCUACGCAGCGCAAAGCGUCGCCGCUUUCGUCGUCCUCCGACGAGGAGUCCGAGGAAGACGAGCGAAGGCAGAAAGGACACACCAUCGAGCUGGACCAGCCUCGCCAGAAGACACUCAAACGAGAACGCCCUACCUCACCCAGCACGGAAGAAGCCAUUCAGGGGAUGUUGUCCAUGGCGGGCCUGCUGUGCCCCUCCGAGCCGGAGAAGGCGGCCUCGCCCGGGGAGCCCUGGUGGGCGUCCGGCGCCCCUCGGGGUCCGUCGGCUCGCCAGCAGGGGGACUCCAGUCCCAUGGACAGCCAGGGGAACAGCAGCGAGGCCUGGGACAAUCGGGGCCUGCCCAGCCCGGAGCACAACUACCAGUACUGUGACCCCGACAUGUCGCCGCCUCUGCACCCCUCCAAGAGGCACGCCCCCAACCCCCCGCCCGUCAGCAAUCAAGCCACCAAAGGCAAACGUCCCAAAAAAGGCAUGGCCACCGCCAAGCAGAGACUGGGCAAGAUUUUAAAAAUCAACAGACACAGUCGCGUUUUUGUCUGAAAACAACAGACUUUUUGAUUAUUUUUUUUUUUUUCAAAGAUGAUGAUGCUAAGAGGACAAACGACGCAGGGUCACGCACCACUUCACUACAAGCACAGUCACGGCCAUUAAAAAAAAAAAUGGAGGAAGGAGCGACUGUGGGCAUUAAAACGGAGGACGACGACAAUGAGGUUUACCAAACAACUUUUGGCGCCACGGGUUUUUAUUUUGGGUGGUGGAUUUCAAAAAAUGGUGCUCACGCUUUGUAAGACUCACCAGCAAUAAUGAAAACUAAGGGCAGCAGCUUCCCCCCCCCCCCCCGCUUUUUUCACGCUUCACUUUUUCUACAAGCUUAUUGCUGCCCUCUGUCGGUUUGAAUCUUAAGGACAAGCUCAAGAAUAUUCUACUUAAUUUAUUCAUUUUAUCUGUGAUUUCUUUAUUUGGAUGUAUUUAUUAUUAUUGAAGAGAUACAAUUUUAUUCUAUUUUGGAAGUUUUCUCUUUGUUUUCCUGUAAAUGUGGCGUGUUUGCAUUGAUGUGCUUGUCAUCUUGUUGUGUAGCAGCUGAUUUGCUAAUUUUCAAUUUAUCCAAUAGCCAGUUUUUAUUUUGUUUUGAGUUUUUAUGGGCCUUGUGCGACUAGAACGGGUUUUUGUUUUUCUUUUAAACCUCAAUCCACUCACGCCACUAGUAUUCUGAGCCACUGUGGCGCUGGGAGGUUGCGAGGCACUCGAAUUAGUGCUGAUUUUCGCAGUUGUUGACUCUCAGGGAAUGAUGCCAUGAACAGAACCUUUGAUUAAAAAAAAAAAAAAAACACCAGCCAUGUCAUGAAUGCAGACGGAGAUGUUCUCAUGUUUUUUUUUUUCUUUCCCCCUCCUACUUCAAAAUAUUUGUUCAUAGAGACAUCCUAAAAAGAUGCCAUGUAGCUUUAAGCUCUGCUCAGGUUGACGUGCACAUGACAUGCAGGUGUAUUGAAAAUGUCGCUUUUGUUGGUGUUGCCGCAUCUUUUUUCCUCUUCUGGCAUUUCUUUGUUCAUGCGUGUUGGUUCCCAAAUUGCUCAUGUUCAGAACAAAAUAAGAUACAAACACUGGCAAGCUGA